GCCAUUUGCUUUCUGCAAAAUCUUUGAAAUUUGCGUGUGAAAAUAAAAGUUACUCGUUGAAAUCUGCGUGUGCAAAUCUAAAACCUUUCACAACAAAUUAAACUCCCUUUCCAAUGGCUAACUCAAAAUCAUUCUUUCUCACGUUCAAUCAUCUAACAAUAUACCUCAUUCUGUUGCUACUAUCACAAUCCCCACAAAUUCACUCAACUUGUCGCAAUUUCUGUAACAACAUUCCCAUAAACUACCCGUUCAGCAUUGACGAUGGCUGUGGCGCGCCACAGUAUCGUCACAUGCUGAAUUGUUCCGCUACUGAUUUAUUCUUCCUAACACCAUCAGGAAAUUACAAAGUCCAAUCAAUCGACUACGAAAAGCAAACCAUGACGAUCUUCGAUCCUUCAAUGUCUACUUGUUCAAUCCUACAACCUCACCACGACUUCAAAAUGUCAGAAAUUCAAUCAGCUAUAAUCCCGCCUACGCCUGACACGGUCUUCAUCCUCGUCAAUUGCUCCAUUGAUUCCCCUGUACUUAAUCAUUACAAGUCGCUCUGUUUUAAUUUCUCCGGUCAUUCGUGUGACGAACUCUACGGUUCGUGCACUUCGUUUAAGUUGUUUCAUUUACUAUCUAACAGUACGCCGGCGUGUUGUUUCACGGGUUAUGAAACGGUGAAGUAUAUGAGUAUGGAUAUAUUGGAUUGCACGCAUUAUACGAGUGUUUAUAAUACGGAUAGAUUGGAAGGUGUUGGGCCGUUGGAUUGGCUUUAUGGGAUGAAAUUGUCAUUUAGCGUGCCGGACACUGGAUGUGCCCGGUGCGCUAAAUCUGGUGGGACUUGUGGAUUUGAUGUAGAGACUGAGAUGGCGCAGUGCAUUUGCUCAAGCACUAGUAAUUCUACUAGAGAUUGUGCUGGGGGCAGAGAAAUAAACUUUGCUGAUAGUUACAGAGCAUCCUCAUUUCCGCCACUGCAGUUGCUAUACAUUUUGGCUCUUGUGGCCAUUUCUUACAGCAUACUAUUGAGAUGAUGAAUCUUCUGUUAAGUUUGUUGAUUUUUCUUCUCUUUUUGUAUUUUUAUCUUUCUAAACUAAUUAUUACUAUAUUAUUCAUGUUGCUUAAACUAGGUGGAUUUUUUUAAUAUAGUAACUAUAUUUUUUUCGGUAUUACACUUGGAAAAAAGUCAAAAAAGAUGCCAGAAAUUCAGAACUUGAAGGAAUUAUCAGUUUUGUGUCUUCGAA